AUGAUCACCAUAUUCCUAAAACGGCUGGGAGUUCGACACUCAUCUAAAGACGAUAGGAAGACCAAAAAGAAAGCAUUGCUACAGCAUACAUUCGACGAUGUACAUACCACUUCAAUGCCGGAAGCAAAUAGCAGAAAAGGGAUAUUAGCACUUGACUGGGCUACUGUUCCACCGGGGAGUAACGGUGUCUUCUAUGGAGAUGGCGUGGAAUUUUCUGGGUGCCUGCCAGAUUACUCCUUCUCUCGUUCACACCAUCUCACAUUCGCAGAUUGCCACGAGGCUCUAGUUGCAAGCAUUGACAAAGCUCGCCGGAUCUUGUUUGAGCUUAAACUACAAGUGUCUUGCCUGAGAAAUGGUCGACUUGUACUCGACGGGUCUCCUCGGCUUCUAGAUGAAGAGCUUGUCCAAGCGGUAAUUGAGCUUGGGGGUGCGUUGUGUGGACCCAAGUCUGUCACUGCGCUUCUGCAUAAGCUCCUGUCUGCUCAUUUGAGGCAGCAUCCGGGGUUUAAAAAGGAAUCUGCUAGACUACAGGCGUCGCUACUACGACUUGACAAAACCUUUCGAACUGAUAUCAUUGGAUUGCUGAAGAGUGCGCUUGUACACAAAAACACCAAUCCAGACUAUGACCGACUGCGGGCGGUCAACGAGCAGAUACAGGCGUCUGCGCUAGCAGCAUGCCAGGAUUGGCGCGAUUCGAUCCUUCCCAUAUGUGAUGAAAUUACGAAAACUCCCCCCUGGAAGCAGGCAGAGGAGCUGGCAGAACGUAUGGAAGGACUUAAAGACAGAGCGAACAGACUUGGCUGGCUAUCGUGGGAAGACCAAGCAUACGCGAAACUGAUAGGGCCUGAACUAGAAAUCUUCGAUACUCCAGAGGGCCCAGACAAGGCAAUCGCAUACCUAGAUGACUGGUGCAAGAAGGCAGAGACUCAGCAAGGGCCGUCAAAUGGUACUACUUCCUAG